ACUAGCGCCACCCUCCCUCCACUAUGAUGACUGAGUCGAGGGGCACCUGGAGAGUCGACUCUUGCUGGUCCUAGUGCUGAUGUCAGCAUGACAGUCUAGCCCAUGUAAAGCCUCCGCUCCUGGCCUCUCAGCCGAGAUUGUAUUUCCCACACAAAGGUUGAGCUGUGUCUUGUGAGAUGGUCCUCUGUCUUCCUCCCUGGUGUGACAGUCCCUAGAAAAGCCCCGAUGGACCAGCCACCGCCCCCGCCACUUCUGACCAGCUUGGAGGUCGACGUGGACCUUGGCUUCGCACUCUUCUUCCUCCUCCUGCUCUGUGUGUUCCUGUUGGCCACCAUAGUGCGCUGUGCCCAGACCGUGGUUGAUCCCUAUGGUGCCAUUUCUACCUCCACUUACCAGGAAGAGCAAAUCACCUGACCAGUUGGCUUCUUUGGAACUGUUGACUUGACUUGUAGUCAUUGGUUAGUCAUGCCAUGUGUGGUGGGGGAUGAGUUUCCUCUGAACUCAAACCAAGUUAAACACAGAACAUGCUUGUCCAUGCUUUUGUUUUCUCAGGACUGUUUGUUUGAGGUCAAAUUCCAUAGGCAAGAAAGGAGAGCAAUUACAUCCACUACGAAAGGUGAUGUACUCAAAUUUACAUCAAA